CCAAACCCACCAUGGAUCCGCACCAAAACGAUGCCGCUUUUCUUCUACUCGCCCCUGUACCAAACCCAUCGGACAUGGAAUUCCGGCAACCUGCUCGCGAUCCACGCGUGCAGGCUAAUCAUCCGAAGCCUAAACUUAGGCACGAUUGAGUUGAUGCAAUAAAUGAUGAUUUAUAAUUCCAAGUACAUUGGGGUUUCUAGCCAACAAAUGGAGGAGGAACUUAAGGAUUCUAAUGCAGCAAGAAAGAUGCAGAAGGCUGACCGCGAGAAGUUGAGAAGGGACCGGCUUAAUGAACAUUUUCUUAAGUUAGGAAAAACAAUUGAUCCCGAUAGGCCCAAAAAUGAUAAGGGCACCAUUCUAGCUGAUACAAUUCAGUUACUGAAGGACCUAACAUCUGAAGUCAACAAACUUAAGGCUGAGUAUGCUAUGCUGACUGAAGAAUCUUGUGAGUUAACACAGGAGAAAAAUGAUUUACGAGAAGAGAAGGCCUCUCUUAAAUCUGAUAUUGAGAACCUUAAUAUUCAGUAUCAGCAGAGGUCCAGAGCAAUAUUUCCUUGGGCUGCUAUGGAUCACUCAGUUGUCAUGGCCCCACCUUCAUACCCGUUUCCAAUGCCAGUACCGAUGCCUCCUGGGCCAAUUCCUAUGCAUCCAUCAAUGCAAUUGCAGCCUUACCCAUUCUUUGGAAACCAGAAUCCUGGUGUUAUUUCUGCCCCAGUUUCAACUUAUAUACCAUUUAUGACUCCCAAUACCAUGGUUGAGCAGCAGUCUACGCAUGUACCUCCAACCAUGCAGCCUGGCAAUCGGUCCCAGGUUUCAGGCAAACAGGAUUCCAGAAGCAAGUCAUCAAGGGAGAGCAAGGCUGACAAAACUGAGGAUUCUAAUGAUGUUGCAACUGACCUAGAGUUGAAGACUCCUGGAUCUACAGUAGAUCAGGAUUUAUCAUCAGGGCAAAGAAAAUCCAAGAAGCCUUGGAAGGAUGAAAACAGUUCUAAGGAAGGUAGUUCAUCAAGUAGGUGUUCUUCAUCUCCCAGUGGACAGGAUAGUUCAUCUAAUAGCAUAGUUGGUGGCAGAAGUUCAGACGUUUUAGAAGGGAAAAAGGAUCAACAAAGAUAAAGGAGCCAGGUUGUAACCAACUUCUGUACAUUCAUCAAACAGUUCUGUCAUAAAAAUUACUAUUCUUCCCACGAGCAAUUUGCUUAAUUUUAGUCUUGGUAAGUCUAGUUCUUGCUUUGAUAUUUUGAUUAUUCACCUCUGAACAGAAACACCUUUAACAUGCUAAAUAUUCAAUAUUCAUUCUGUUGUUAGCAAAGGAGAAGUUGUCUUUUCUUGGGCA